CGCUUUUUAAUUUUUCAAUUUAUAUAGACAUGUGAAGGUCACAUGCAAAAUCGUCAUAUGACAUCCGCCUGCUCGUCAAUUCGGGGAUUGCAACUUGUCGACGAAACAGAUAGAACCGGUCCCUCAGAAGCUACAAGAUGAGGUCUUACGUGUGUACGGGGAUAGCGUGUAUUUUGUUAUCGAGUCUCUCUAUUGUUUCAUCCCUUGAAUGGGAUUUUACCCAACAAGGCCAAGCAUCACCAUGUUUGAAAGUGAAGUGGGAUGUAACCAAGAUGGACUUGAUGGGAUUUCCUACCUCAAGGGAAGGAGAUAAGUAUGCUAUCGAUCCAGCGUUGGGUGCAGUGAGUACAUCAUCCCUCUGUGGAACUACAAGUACUUUGAAAGUUGAAUUUGCUAAUAAUGUGAGCAUGUCACUGACCUUUACUGAACAAAGUAACAAUGUGGCUAUGGAUGGCACAUUGACCUUUGUCCCCUUCAAAGUGUUUGGACAACCAGAAUAUGAAAAUACAACCGAGAUCCUUGACCUGGCUGGUGAUCUGAAACUGUCUGCUAAUGACAAGUCAUUCACCUGUAACAGCUCAAUCGUUCUGAAGUUUACCGCAGCAACAGCGAACAAUAGUUACUCUCUAGACCUGGAGGUGGCCAACUCCCAAAUACAGGCUUUUGGCAUCACCGACGGAAAAUUCAGUGAUGGCACACCAUGUGAGGCUGAUGUUGGUAACGAUACUGUCACUACAGAGGCACCCACAACUGCUGCUCCAAAUGUUACUGUUGUUACGACAGAAAACCCAACAACUGUGAAUUCAACAACCGAGAAACCAACGACAGAAGCCCCUACAACAGAAGCCCCUACAACAGAAGCUCCUACAACAGCUCCCCCAUCUACCUCGCCCAUGUACUACUACCCCAAUUCAACAGAUCCCUGUGUAAUUGUUGCAGGCAAAUUUAAAAUUGAUGUGACUUACAUGAAAAAGGACAACACUACAAGUAAUGCUGUUGUGUCGGUUCCUGCUGAUGCUGAUACAAAGAUGAACGGAAGUUGCCCCCAGGAUAUGAAAUCUGAAAUCAGCAUGUCCUGGGGAAGUACAGGAGCCAUGAGAAUGAUCCGAAUGUCAUUCAGCUCCAGUAAUGACCAGGUUGAAAUCAGCACCAUCUCCCUGGAUGUGGACCUGGACAGUGCCACUUUCCCAGAUGCAAAAGAUGGGAAUGUGAAUGCUGAUGAUAAUGUAAAUAGGCCCUUGUCUAAACCCACUGGCUACUACAAAUGUAACACCCAGAUAGAUGUGAGCAUAGCAGACAGCAAAUUGAUGAUGGAAGAUGUAGCUAUCCAGGCUUUCAAUGUUAAUGGCGCCAACUUCACAGGGGACCGUGAGGAAUGUGCAGAAGACAGCCCAACAACUGUAGCCCCAGUUACAACUCCUGCCCCAGUCACCCCAUCACCAGGGUCCCCACCUACUAACAAGUACAGUUUCCCUGGAAAAUGCAUCGUCCUUGAUGCAGGAAUGGAGUUUGUAAUCCCCUACACCAUGAAAGAUGAUAAAAACAGCAGUGUGACUGUAGGAAUACCUAAAAACUUUACCACCUCUGGAUCCUGUGGAAACGUUACUCAGAUGCUUGAGGUGACAUUCUACGAUGGUUGGGUGAUGGAAAUGUACUUUAACGGUGGAGGAAGUGCAGUUCAACUCGCUGACAGUGACAGCUUCUUCCUGCAGGAGAUGAAGCUUACCUAUAUUCUUCAGUCUGAUAUCUUCAAAGAUCCUAAGAUGCCCAACGAAAAAAUGGUUGCAAAUAAUAGCUACAGUCCAUCCCAGUUUUCGGCUAAAAAGUCUGGAAGCUACGAAUGUAAUAGCAAACUCAACUUGGACUUGAAUAAUGGCGUCACAUUGAACACUAACAACCUUCGUGUAAUGGCAUUCUCAACUGCUAACACAACCAACUUCCCAAGUGAUAACUUGUCCGAAUGUCCACUGGAUUCAGACACCAACAGUGUUGUACCUAUUGCUGUUGGGGCAGCUCUGGCCGGUCUAGUCAUCAUUGUAUUAAUAGCUUACCUCAUCGGAAGGAGGAGGAGCAGAAGUGGAUACCAGCAAGUGUAGACAACCUGUGUAUCUUGAAUGUGAUAUCAACUUCCAUAUCAAAAGGAUCAGGCUGUUGAGUCAUGCUGUUCUCAGCUAAUAUAUCUCUCAUUUUAUUUGGAACAAAACAAAUAUGACUAGCAGAUGUGAAAAAAGAACGGUUUUAAAAAAUUCGGAUAUUUUUCAAGUAGAAGGUAGAUAAUAAAAAUUCAAAAAACUGUAAAAGAUCAACUUCACAUUGUUUAACUUACAUCCUUGUUUUUAAAUUAUACCCCUGCAUUUUGAUUCUGUCAUCAGCUUCCAGGAGUGGUGUUAAUAUCAGAGUUAUCUUAGCUUUGAACAAAGAAACAGACUCUUUGGCAGUGCCCUAUGUGAAGAUGUCGGAUGUAUCAGUGUGUGAAUCAACGAGUGAAAUGAGUGAAAAUUUCCCAUAUAAACUUUUUCCAAGCUUUUGGCUAAGUUAGACGGGUGGGAUUACUACAGACCUUUUUUUCUUCCCUAUAAGUCAAGAUGCUAAAUCAUGUAUAAUUAUUUGUAUUGAAUGGGACUUAAUGACAUUUCUUGUCCUUAUUACGAACAUACAAUUACUGGCAAUUUUAAACAUUUUAUUGCUAUUGGUUAUCUUUGAAAAAGUCAAUGCCAUAUAUUUUUGUCACUUUAAGAUGAAAUUCAUAUUUGUAGGGCAUCAUUGGUUUGUCAUUAGACUUUAUUUGAUAUCAGGUAUAUUGAAUUGAAACUAAUAUAAAUCUGUGUUUAAAAUAAGAUAUAUCAGGUAUAUUGAAUUGAAACUAAUAUAAAUCUGUGUUUAAAAUAAGAUAUAUCAGGUAUACAGCCAACAAUUUUCUCUGAAGCUUUUUAUUCAUCUUUUUUUCUUUUUUUUUGACAAAUGCAAAGUUUAAAAAGGGGAGAGGUUUCCUUGUUUUGGUCAAAAUCAGGGUAAAUCUAAUAUCAGCACAAAAUAUAAAGUUCUUUCUGGGAAAAUCCUGGACAGGUUCUGUAUACUGAAUGUCUAUAAUUGUUCAUGGUGUGGAAUGAAUACCUAUAGUAUUGGUAUGAUUAAAAGAUGAAAUGAAAUCCAUAUUUUGUAUGUUCUAUAUUUCCGUAUUUAAUAGAGUAACAUUUUUUUUAAACGCAUAGAUUUUGCUCUUUUGAGAACAAAAAAUUUUCUUGAUGGAAGUUUAUGUAGAGUAUAGUGAAACCUGUCUGUACUGAUAUUUUGAGGGACUGUGAUGUAUAUAUAGAAAAAAAGUCUGAAGACUGACAAACAUUUAUUUAGGGGCCAAAAAUUAUAUCCUAUUCAAGGAUGUAUGGAGGUGGUGGUUCAGUACGGUAUGUAUUAGGUAGAAUAUGUCAACUAAUUUUCUCGUUCACAAUGUACAUAUUUUGUGAUUUUGCUUUUGAAUAGCUGUUGACCACUGAAUGGCUUUUUUUUUCUUCAAGAAUACUUAACAUUUCAAAUGGCCUACAUUUGCAGUGAGGUUUGGGGAUAUUUCAAUGAUAGUUGAAAAGUUUAAUUCUAGAUUAUUUCAAAUGAUUGACUUCGGAUUUGACAGUUGAACAGAAAUUUUAUGUCAGAAGCCAGCAAGCAUUGACAUGAAAAUAUUGGAUAAUUAUAUUAGUACAAAGUUCUUUCAAAGCCAUCAAGCGGAGUAGUAAAUCAGAAUGUAUAGGGUUGAUGAGAAAUAUUUGAUUUGAUUGAUAUUUUAUGUUCCUCAUUCCACUUACAAUGUAUAAUUAUGAUUUUGAUUGUAUUAAACAGUUUUGAAUGAUGUGUGAAUGUAAGAAAAAGGAAAUGUAAAUGUUUUUUGUUUUCUAGUUUAAUAUAUAAAUGUAUGUUGAAUGAACAUGUCGCAAGAAAAAUAUGAGGAGAGAUUUUUAUGGAACAUUUAAUGAAACAAAGCAUGUAUAUACACUGUAUUAUGUAUAUCACAUGUAGAAAUACUCAUACUGUACUGGUUUGGUAUAAUAAAUGGGAGGACAUUCCACACAUAACAUUUUCAAAGAGGUUCCAGUCUCCAGGAUCUUGUGAGCAAAAUAAUAUUUUUUCUACCUGUUGCUUUGUUGAUUUAAUUUAAUACUGAACAAAUAAUGUAAGUGCUGUCAUAUUAUAGACUCAUCCUGUCACUGUAAUAUAUUUAAAUCCACUUAAUACAAGCUUUGUGUAUAUUGCUAGCAGUUAAUUUACAGGAGACUUUACAAAGAAGGGAAACAACUCCUUCAUUUCAAUACCACAAUUUAAAGAUUUGUGAAUUGAUUUGAGCGUUCCAGUAUAUUACUUAAUGUAUUAUAUUCUAAGUAAGUAUGACGACACAUGUGUCAAAUACAAGUACAGGACAUCUCUCUGUCCUGUCACAUAUUUAUUUUCAGUGAUUGGUGUUUAUCUGCACGAGUAAUGUCAUUAUAACAGGACAGUACAGACACACUGCAUUGUCGGUACAGACACACUGCAUUGUCGGUACAGACACACUGCAUUGUCGGUACAGACACACUGCAUUGUCAGUACAGACACUCUGCAUUGUCGGUACAGACACGCUGCAUUGUCAGUACAGACAUGCUGCAUUUUCAGUAGACAUGCUGCAUUGUCGGUACAGACACACUGCAUUGUCAAUGUUGGUUUCUAGUUUUUGGUGCUGUAUGUAGAUACUAAGAAGUAAAAAAAAAUAUCUCAAGUAACCAGAUUGUAAUGUGUUUGUAGCAGAUCGUUGUUAUUUUGGAAUCAAUCAUUUUUCAAAGUCUCUGGGCAGAGCAAACAUAUUGUCAUGGCAACAAGGAAAAUCAUAUCAAUUUGCAGUGUCAACAGCUGGCAUUCUAUUGUCAGCAUAAUAUUGUCAUAUUUAUGGAUGAAGAAAUUGUAAUAUACAAAUAUAAUGUAUUUAUCAUUCUAAAAAGUUUAUAGUGUAUAUUUAUAUAUUGGUGCCAUGAUGUUGAAAAUUAAAGUGCUUUUGAAGGGGUUUUGUGAAAUUAUUGCUUGAGGGUGCAACAUUGUAGAAAAUACAUUUGUAGUGAUGUUGUUAUAGACACUUUUUUUUUUCAUUGAUUAUUUUUAGGAUUAAUCAUGACACAGAUAGUGCUGAGAACAAAUUAUUAUCAUCAAAUUGAUUUGCCUAUGACGCCUAAUUUAAAAGCGAUUGGAGUUUUAUUUUGAUUUGUUUGCUGUAGCUUUGAAGGCAGAUAUUACGUUGAAAAUGGUAAAUAAAAUCAUUUUACCUAUGA